CUAUCAUCAAGACGUCUAUGCCCACCAAACCGUUACUUUAAACGGCAAAGAGCAGGGUCUCUGUCCUCCCUCCAUCUCAGCGGCCAGAAUCCAGCAUCUACUAGCCAAGCAUGGACACCACCCAAGCCCAGGGCUAUGGCAUGAUCCCAGCCUUUGCCUACGAGGAACAUACGGAGUCCUACAAGACCCAACAUCAGGGGACCCCUCUAGCCCGGCGUGUCCCGGUACAGAUGUGUUGGAUCAUGACAAGAUGACAGUCCACUUUGUCAGAGACAGCACCGUAUGCGCCGGGUGCUCAGCACUCUGGCCUGGGGAGAAUCGAUCCAUGUGCCAACUCCAAGACAAUUAUCCAUGGAAGCCGGAAGCACAUAUGGAUGGCGAGCAAAACCAAGCAACAGACUUAAAAGACCCGCCGUGCUUCAUGCGCCAUGGCAUGCGGUUCCCCCCUCCCACCUUGCAGUCACCAGUGAAAACCCAUCUUUUGCUAUUCGCGAUCCUCACAGAGCAUUAGUGCUUCUACUACUUAGCUUGACCAGCCACAGGUUUUCUCUUUACUUACACGCCUACCACAGGACAGGAUCUUUGACCGUAUACGGACACAGUUGAUGUUCCAUUCAACUUGCGCCAACGCACGCACAUCCUUGGAAACGCCGUGCCGCUCAUUGAUCCAUUCCAUUGACUUUCCUUGCUGUCUGAGUCUGACUUACCGAACAAGUAUCCAAGACUUCUGGACUCCGCCUGCGCCUGCACUUUAGUCGAUCACUCCCAGGUUGCAAUCAGUGACCCCCGCCGCCGAGUUCCUUGCCGUGGACUUUGCUUUUGCGCCCGACUUUACAGCUUCAAUCUUUCCUUCCUCGACAUCUUUCCCUGUUGCGUCUUCUGGUGCCAAUCGACAGUAUCUGUGGACGAUCUCACUGCCUCAAGACGCCAAUAUACAACAGCACGGUCCCCGAUGGACCCUCUGUGCCAUUGAGCACCAAGAUUCUUGACUUAUACGCCCUUUUGAACGGCAGACGAAAAGUAAGGGAAACGAUUUUCAACGGCAUCGGCCCAACAUGCCUCUCAGAAGGUCAAGCAACUCGGCCGACGGCCAUUCAGUCACAUCUUCACCCUCUUUCUCCCUGUCAAGUACCAAGCGCCGAUUCCCUCUCUUAAGCAGGAGAAGGAACCGACACUCAGAUGUGUCGCAGUCCUCAAUUCCUCCCUUGCCGUCACCAUCACCACCAGCAUCCCCUUCACCUUCUCAGAAAGUUGCCAAACCUGGACUCCGGGUGCAUGUCCAGGUCAAAUUCGAAUCCCCUCAUAGUUCAGAGCAUGUUCGCGACUAUGAAGCUUCAGCCCAGCUGAGAGCUACCGAUCGCAUUUGCCAAGCUUUGCUUUCCCGCCUACAGCAUUGCUCUUCUGAGCUUAUCACACGCCACGAUAGUAACGCUCUCGACCCGCUCCGCAAACCACACCGUGACGUUAAGCCAUUGCGUUAUCGCAUCACGUACCGUGUCGAGCGUGAUGGCCUUAUUAUCGUAGAAAAGUCUUUGCGCUCUUUCCAAGAGUAUGAGUUGACACAUGAAGAUGCCCGCGAGGUUGUCGCCGCUACCGACCGGAUCAUUGGUCUCUUUUUAGUGCGGCACGACCCCGGAUUCCAAUGGUCCGAGUCCGUUGAGUCUGAAACUACCAGCCCCGAGACCGAGACCUUCCGGCCGUGCACCGGCCGGCCUCAAUCCAUGGCAUGCAUCCCCCGAUCUCAUUUUGUUAGCGACACACAGAAAUUCGAGUUUGUAUCUGGCUAUUCGAUUGAGCUUUUCUUGCGCAGCCGUUGCGCUACGCGCUAUCCAGAGAACCGGAAUGCUUCUAUCAAGAUUGACAGCCGACAGCCUUCACCUUUACCCCUCCUGCUCGGCGAGGAACUGACCACCCGUGUCUCAAAUCUUAUAAUUGACCCAGUUGACGCCUGGAAGCGCAAGUUUGACAAGCGUCACAAGUCUUGCGCUGGCCUGGAGGGCAGCGGUGGCUGCACUCAUAUCGAGGAUGGGGCUGUUGAUAUCAUGGUCAAGGUCCGUAAUCAUAUUGGGCCUGACUAUACCUACUUCUCCCACCGUAUUCAGACAAGCAAGGUUCUUUUCAAUGACCACGAUGGUCGCGACUUUGACGAGUUCGCCAACCAAGUCAAAGCGAAGCUGGAGAAAGCUCGCGAUAUGACAGACAAAUCUGUGCGGUCCUUGGAUGACUUCACUCUUACAAUCAGAGAGCUCCGUGGAAAGAACUGGUCCGUUCAUGAGCCUCUCAUCGUUCGACUUGAUCCCACAGUUACAUACUGUCGCCAAACCAUGGAAGCUGUCAUGGAACGUCUUCAGACUGGCAUCAGUAACGUCCUUGAACAUCAUGAGGAUGCUCUUGCUACCAUGACCGUUCACAAGCGCGGACAUCUCAUCUUUGACGGUUUCCUUGACGGUGCUGGUGGCGAUGACAGUGUGCAUCACGAGAGAUUUGCGACACCUGACCUGGAGCGAAAAGCCCUCGAAGCUCACUUAAAGGAACGCAUUCGUUCAGAUAUUACGAUGCUUUGUAGAGACACAUGCGCCAUAGACUGUCCUGAUACACUGCCAAACUUGCGGCUAAAGACAAGCGGAUCAGCUGCGUCUGCCAUUGGAGCAACCCAACUGAUGAGGCCUCCUCUUUCUACAGCUGGUUCAUCAUCUGCUGCGCCAACCACGCCUUCGCUUGCUGCCUCGCUUCCUCGCCAACCAUCCGAGAAAUCCUUCCAUGGAUCCAUGACCAGCACUCGUUCUGACCUCUCUCUCACCAAGAAGCUCGCGAAGGAAAGUCUGAGGGAUCCUGGUGAAUGCCCCUCAGCACCAGCAACCCCGUCACCUGACAUGCGCCGAGUACCUUCGGGUGUUGAAAUGGCCAAAAAGCAUGGGUAUAUGUCUGACUUCAUGGCAGACGACGAGAACCACCCUCGAGACAGUGUCGUUGCAACCCCCUCGCGGGCCAUGCCCCAUGAUCAGUCCAACGAGGGACUUCGCAUCAUAGAUGAUGGACGAAGGAUCAUCUACCAAGAGCAGUCUGAUAUGGAUGCCAUCGCAAGUGGAAUGGUGCAAUUUCACCGCCCGAUCACUGACGAUGACGAGCCUAUUCAGCUUGUCAAAGAGAAGCCAGCUGAGAGCCCCGAUAAGAAAGCGACUCGUCGAUCCCUGGAUACCCGUAUGCCGGACCUCUCUGGAAACACAGACCACCUUCCUGAGGCACAGAAGCACGAGCCAGUCAUAACUCAAGAGUCACAGCCUUAUGCCCAUGUGACACCUGAGCUUCAGAAGGCAAUGGUGGCUGAAGAGCUCUCAACCGUGAGUGUCGCAGAGCAAGUACCCGGGUUAGGUGUUCCCGUACCUGGACAAACAAAGGCCGAGGCCAUUACUGAGAAGGGCACUGGCGAGACCCACCAGGCUUUCCAAGAGGAGCACUGGGAGACAGUUGAGACCAGAGACAAACCUCGCGAGAAUCCAACAGAAGUCGAGGUCAACUCAAAAUCUGAAACGAGCUUUGGGACUACACCUGAAGCCAGUAUUCGUGAGGAUGCCGAGACCAAGGACAUUUCCACCCCUGAUGUUGCUGUGACAGUUACCGCUGAAGAGCACCCUUCUGAUGAGAAGCAAAUAGAGGCCCAACUGCCCAAUGACUCUGAAGUGCAAACGCCUAAGGCUGAGCCUGUCGUUUCUGAGAAAUCUGACGUUUCACUCGCUGAUGCCGCGCAGAAGACACUCGAGGCGUCUGUACUUGGAGAAUUCCCUAAGCCACCCUCCAUCCACGCCGAUACUGAUGAGGCUGGUCGUAAUGAUCCGCAGAAAGAACAUGGCCAGGAAACCCCAAUUCAGACCUUGGUUUCUGACUUGAGGCAAGCGGAAGAAGAUCAAGAAGCGAUCAUCCCUCGGGCGCCUGAGGGAGCACCUACUUCUAGUGAUUCUGGCAUCUCUAUGGAGGGUGACGCGAAAGACCGCGAGGCUCAGUCGCCAGCUGCAACAGAGUUUGCUGAGAACACAUCUCUCCCUUCCAAAGAGACAGACGAUCAGUUUUCCGUCAAGGCUGAUGUCGUUGGCAAGGACGAGCAGCAUAUUCCGCACUCAGAUGUGACCGAUGAACGCUUUCCUGAGAUGGUAACUCACUUCCUUGAAACUGUUCCUGAGGACACUCUUCUCGAACCUACUGAAGUGGUAGCUGAAGAUGUCGAGAUUGUCACGUCCGACUCACCUAAGACGCCAGAGGAGCCCACACCUCUCGAGGAACCCCCCCUUAUGCCCACCAUUGCCUCUGCCCCUCCGGAGAGUCUGCUGACCCCGGACAACUUCUUCUCUUCCUUGUCAGAAGAGAAGGAGAAGGGACAAGAUUACCAUCGGAAACCAUUCGAUACCUCGGAGUUCGCCGACGCCCUGGCUCGACCUCGAGUCAGACCUCGAACUGCCACACUGCCCGAGCGCCGUUACUCGACAGCUUUGACUCUUGAGAUCGAUCUCAAUGCCCAUUGCGACCCUGAUCAAGAACACUCACCCACCGAGGAUGCUCCCAAGAGCGCCAGUGGUACGUGGCGGCGAGACGGCCUCCAUCGCCGACAGCCGUCAGCUGGCUUUAUCGGUUUACCAGACCAGCGCCGGCUUCAUUCUGUUGGUCUUCGCAGUGCUGUAUUGCCAUAUCGUUGGCAGCAGAUGCGUCGUGAACAGGCGCUCUGGGAAGGACGACCAGGCACUUCUCACAGCGAGGCCUGAAGUUGGAGAUCAUCUAGCUCUAUUCAUUUAUGACGAUGACUUGCGCCAUGUUUCUUGUUUCAGUUUCAUUUAUACUUUCGAAAAAAUAAGAAUCCAAAAACAUAGUGCUAGGUUAUGAUGGCAGACACGAAGGAUGGGAAGAAAAGGAAAGGUAACUGGCCAAUAAGUCCAUAAUGGUAUGGCUUGGCAAUGGCGUUGGUUAAAUUCGAUGUCAUCUGCAUGCAAAGCAUUUGGACUUGGAGCAUGACAUAAUGCAGAGGAUACCAUUUCAGAGUGUUUAUAUAUAACGACUGCAUAUUUCGAGAACUUGCUUCUUCUUCUAGUGUGACCAAUGUCGAUGUGCCCUGGGACCUGAAGAUAUUGCUUCGCCUUUUCACCAGGGGAUAACCCUCUUAUCGUCCUUGAAUGUACCGGUCUCCCCAUCAGGCCCCAGAGUAGCGGCUUUCACAGAGCUAAUGGCACCCAGAUCGACUGGCUCGGUUCCUGCGAAUCCAUUCAAGGCGGUCCGGGAGUUGUGCCCUGGGCAUACAAUAUUGAUCUUCCACUGCGGGUCAUUCUCGUACCUGAUGGCGAAGUGGAGCGCCAUCAUAUUGAGAGAUGACUUGCUAUGCGUAUAAACACCGAAAUCGAAGCUAUGCAUUGGAUGCGUAGGAUCGGCCUUCAGUGUUAAACUGCUCAAGGCGGUAGAAACAAAGACAAUACGGCGGGUUUUGGUAGAGCGCUCGAGGAGGGGGAUAAAAGAGUCAGUGACGAGGGCGGUUCCGAUGCAAUUGGUGUUAUAGACGGCCAUCAUAAGUUCUCGCGGAGACACGGCCAUACCGUAGCCUGAGACAGCGCUGUUGUUGACAAGGAUGUCAAGACGACCAAAUUUAUCACGGAUAGCCUCGACCGCAGCGGCGAUGCUAUCAUCUGAUGUGAUGUCCAGUAUGAGAGGUGAGACGUUGAGCCCCUGAGCUUGUAGCAAGGUGCUCGCCUCUUGUACCGCUUGUAAACGGCGGCCAGAGACAAUGACGUGGUAGUCAUUGUUCUCGCUCGCGAGCUUCUUAGCAAUUUCGAAGCCAAUACCCUGAUUGGCACCAGUGACGAGAGCGAUUGUGGUAUUGGGGUUGAUGGUAGGAAAAGACAUGAUCGUGUCGUUUUCGGUUAUGUGUGGUGAUAGUAAGUAAUGUCCCGUUGAGUAUGGUGACGAUCUGAGCAAAGUGUUUUCUCGCAGCACUUCUUGCUCUUUAUAUCUAGGAUAGAUUCUGAUGAGACACAAAAAAUGUGGUUGUCGUCAUGGAGACUUUCAUCUGUAUCUCCGAUAUUGAGUGUCGUUGAAUCCUAAAUCCGUGGUUGGACUGGGAGCUCGAGGCCACUCUGAGAUUGAUUACCCUUUUGGGAUUGAGGUUGAGUCAGUGGCAUGAUGAUGCCAAGCAGAGGCUAAGCAUUUUGAAGAUACUUCUGACUUGCCCGAUGCCCCAGUCAAAUAACAUUGCAUGCAUCACGCUUAUGCGUAAGAAAUGAAUGCGAAUGCGAAUGCGAUUGCUAACAAGUCGAUGCUUGUGGGCCGCAAACCAGGGCGGUAAUGAGUGCGCACAAAGCUGGACUGGACUGUCUUUGAUGUACAGAAUAAGCAUGAUGUAUCGUAGCCUACCUGGUUCGAGCUUCGCCCUAGCAAGCACAUCAGACAAGUUCAGCAUCACCAACAUCAACCAUAUGCUUUGCACUUGACCAUCGUAAUAUGAGCACAUCGCCAUUCUUGGCAGGGAGAGUGAUAUCGCCGUCAGUUCCUUUACCAUAGACGUCCUUGUCUCUUAGCAUGCGGACAAAGACAGCCAUAUCUAGAUCUGGUGAAUCGAUCAUGCUGAUGUUGCCUGCAGUGUCGUUGAGGUUCUGUAGCUGCUGCGGAAAAGAUGCGAGGAAGGAUGAGAGAUAGUGAUUGUGGAGGAGAGCCUGAUGUCUUGUCGCGUAGGCUGCUUCUGUUGGGGACAUCCUAUCUCUCAGCUCUUGGGUUGAGAGGUAAUGGAGAGUGUGUUUAUCGAUCUUAGGAGAGUCAAUUUUGCGUAGGUUAAUGAGACCAAGGACACUUACCUUUGCUAUACGAGCCCGAAGAAAACUUCGAACAAGGAAUUUGUACCUCUCGAGCUCAGUCUGAAUAACGAUGAGGGCAAAGUUUGUCUUUGGAUCCAUAUCACCCGUCAUAUCCUCAACCUUUUCGAUCUGGGAUUUGAUGCGUGCAUUGACGCGCUCGAAUAGGCCAUCUGUCGGCCAUCUAUAUAGACGUUGUGAGUAUUAGGAAGCAGGAAGAGGAGCACAUGAGACCUACUCGAGAAGCUCAGGUGCUGAGCGCUCUGCAACCCAGAGACGCGUCAAAGCUUGCAGAUCGCGUGUUUCGCUGGGGAUUCUGUGAGACGUGGGGUCAACUUGGCGAAGAAUGUCAUCGAUAUCCAUUUCAGAGGAUAAACAGUACUCAAAUCAUGAGGUAGAAAGAUUAUAGAAAGUUCGGCGGCACAGUUGGUCUAUGUGUUGUAUUUUCCUCUUCAGGUUGAUCGUCAAGGUUGAGACUAUAUGGUGGAG